AACCCGUAUAAGGUUGCAAAGACAUGACUAACUAUGCUGAAGAACAGCUGAAUGAAAUCGAAGCUCUACAGUCUAUCUACUCAGAUGAGUUUGAAGAAAUCGGCAGUAAUCCCUGGUGCUUCAGAAUUGCAGUGCAGUCUGAAAAUUUUACCAGUAGUGACAGUGAUAAAGAAACAGCAUUUGUUGUGGUACAAUUUACGCUUGGAUCUCUAUAUCCUGACGAACCACCAGACGUCGAGCUAAAAUCACCACGUAUGGUGGAUGAAGAUCAACUUGUGCAGAUUAGCUCCACUUUGUCAGACACGAUAUGUGAAAACAUUGGUAUGGUAAUGAUCUACACACUGGUAACAGCUGUUCAAGACUGUCUCAAUAGAAUAGUUGAUGAGAAAAUGCAGACAACAAAAGAGGAGAAACAGAGACAAACCAUUGUAACCUCCCUUGACAUGUUACAGGAGGCUGUUGUAUCUGGCACACCUGUAACAAGGGACACAUUUGCGGCAUGGAAAGAUGCCUUCAUUAAAGAACAAGAGCAAUCAAAUGCACUCAGGCCAGACCCAUCUGCAAGUAAACUUACAGGGAGGCAGCUGUUUCAGAAUGAUGAAUCAUUAGCCAAAUCUGAUGAAGCUUUCAUAGAUGAUGGUGUCAUUCACGUGAACAAUGGUAGUAAUAGCAUACAAGAACCUGCAGUAAAGAUAGAUGAGACACUUUUUCAGAAUUUUCAUGAUCUACAGUUAGAAGAUGACUCAGACUAA